AACGACAAGAAUUUGCACCGUUAAGAGGUGCAAUGGCUGCGCGCUCACAGAGAAAUUUGGAGAAUAUUUUAAUUGAUAGGGAAAUUUGGAUAACAACGACAUGCCCGGCCUUUAUAAUCGACAUGCCCGGCCUUAAAAACAACGACAUCAAGGUUCAACUACAGGAUAAGAAUGUGCUGACGAUCAGCGGAGAGCGAAAGAGGGCGGAAGAGGAGGAUGUCAUAUUCAUCCGCAUCGAACGCAGGGUCGGCAAAUUUAUGCGUAAAUUUACCCUGCCUGAGGGCUGCAAUUUGGAGGCCAUUUCUGCCAGCUGUCACGAUGGAGUGCUGAGUGUGACCGUUCCCAAGCUUCCUCCUCCAGAGCCCAAGAAACCUAAGACAAUUGAAGUUAAAGUUGCCUAGACCACCAGCAUUCCGGACUGUGUCUUUUCAUUUCCAAUCUGGUAGUGCAGUCAUAAAUAUGCAUACUGUGAACACUAUUGUGCGUUUAAAUACGAAAUUUAGUGUUUUGGGGUUUCGAGAUUUUAUAUUUUGGCCACCUGAUUUCCUCCAUAGGUGCAGAGAUAUGUACAAGUUUCAGUGAUAUAAUAAUGAAAUAUAAUUCUGCGGAAUUUUUAACC